ACUCGGCCCUGGUGAAUUCCAAAUGCUCAUGGACGCCUUGACCUCGUGACCAUCCAUCCUCGUCCACGAUACCCUCCAGAACAUCAUCAUACUCUCCCUCACCAUGGCGGCAUGGUCACAUCGCCGCCCCAGGGCAUCCUCAUCGUCGUACUCGACGCAGCGCAAGGCAGCUCUCCUAGCAGGACUCUUUUGCCUUGCCCGUAUCUGCGUCGCUUCGCCUCUAACUGAACACCAGCAGCAGCAGCAGCAGCAGCAGCAGCAGCAGCAAGUCGCCUUCGAUGCCCACCUUAACCAGGCGACAAGUGCAGAAUAUAGCGAUGGCGUAGCCUGCAUAGGUCAUGACUUCAGCACCUGCAGAUUUGCCUCCUCUCCCUCCUCUUCCUCCUCCUCCUCCUCGAGCUCGUCUGCGUCGAGCUCAUCACUCAAUCUUCAUCGCAUGUGCAUCCCCUCCUCACAGUCCUCGCAAUGGGCCACCUCGGUCCUUCCGGCCUUUGAGGCGCUCGCAAUCAGAGAAAGAGAUCUUCCCCUGGACAUAUGGAAGUAUCCAUACAGGAUGCACCUGGUCUACCCCGAUAACGGCGAGCCUGAGGAGGAGGACAAAGAAUGCAUCGUCUUUACCUAUCCUAGCUCCGAUCUGGCCGAGGCUCACCUCGAUGACCUCGUAAGCAAUCUGCCUGUCAGCUCAGUGCUGAGCUGGCAGCUUCUGGCCGACAACGAAGAGCUGGCGAGAAGAGUGGAGGAACAGAAGCGCCAAAGUCUACCAAAGGAAGACACAUCAACGUCCGAAGAGGAGCAAGAGGAGGGGGAAGAAGAGGAUGAUGUAGCCAUUGCAGGGCGUAAGGCGAGGAAGAGUAAAGGGAGGAAAACCAAAGGCGGGCGCAAAGACAAGCAGACAAAGAUUGUGGAUGACCAUUUCCACAAUGGCUACCACGCGCUGGAAAAUAUCACUGCUUUCCUAUCAUAUCAAGCCUCUCAAAGACCACAGGUCAUCGAGCUCGUGGAUAUGGGCCUGACGUACGAGAACAGGACCAUCCAGGCUGUGAGGCUGGGCAAGAAGCAUGGACGUCAUGGCCAGCCAAAGAAGGAGAUUGUCAUUACUGCUGGGAGUCAUGGACGAGAGUGGGUGACUACCUCCACCUCCCUCUACCUCCUCUCUGCGCUGCUCGAGCCCUCUUCUGCCCCUCUCCUCGAGACUUUCUCAGUGCUCAUCAUCCCCACGCUCAACCCAGACGGCUACGCCUACACCUGGACCACGGAUCGUUUCUUCCGCAAGAACCGCCAACUGGUCUCGGAGCACCGCGAUUGGCUGGGCCGCAAGUGCUACGGAAUGGACAUUGCUCGCUCUUUUCCCACGAAUUUCAAGCCGGCUCUUCCCGGCUCAUGCGGACCCACAUACGCAGGUACCACCCCGCUCCAGUCAGCGGAGAGUCAAGCGCUAGCCUCAUACCUCCGCAACGAGACAAACGAGGUCAUUGCGUACGUGGACCUACAUUCCUACGGGCAGCUCCUCCUCUACCCCUGGAUGUCCUGCCGUCCUUCCUCCGGCGACGGACCAGACAUGCCCGACGAAGAAGACCUAUCCGAGCUCGCCCUCGGCGCUGCACGCGAGGGACGCUACGCCCACAACAAAGCCUACCGUGCAGGCCGUGGCUGUCAGACAAUGUACAAUCAAGACGGCUCUUCGGUUGAUUUCGCUCACGAAGAGGCACGCAUCAAGUGGAGUUUUGAGCUGGAAUUGAGAGAUGAAGGGAGCUAUGGAUUCACACUGCCGCCGGAGAUGAUUAGGCCGACAGGAGAGGAGAGCUGGAGGAUGAUCAAGUACCUGAUGCGCUUUGUACAGGAAAAGGAAAAGCUCUAGGCUGUGGCCGGGGCUGUGGCUGGGGGACCAACACAUCUUGGAAAAUGAGCGACAAGAAGGGAGGCGGAGGGAAUACGUUGGAGAGAGGGAGGCGUCAAGAGCGCUUUGCUUAUCCAUGUCACUGCUAUAUUCGUAGUCACCACGGUCUUUUCACGUAGGCGCUUCUAAUUGGAUUCGUUUGCUCAUCA